UAAACAGACAUUUGAAAAUGGUGGUCACAAAAAUAGAUGAAUAUGUUGGUGGCUUAGUAAAAUGUAGAAAUUUUGUUGGAGCUAAUUUAGCUGUUGUUCGAAAUGGAAGUAUUAUUUUAACUAAAGGUUAUGGUAUGGCUAAUAUAAGAAGAAAUGAGCCUGUAACACCAAAUACUAAAUUUCCUAUUGGUUCAAUAACUAAAAGUUUUACAGCUCAAUUAAUAAUGAAGUUAUUAACGGAAAAACA